AAGGCGUGCGUGGCCAUGGCCACAGGGGGGAAGUCCUGCGAGCCCGGCGGCCCUCGUUACACCAACCGCCUCAUUAAUGAGAAGUCCCCCUAUCUGCUCCAGCAUGCCCACAACCCCGUGGACUGGUACCCCUGGGGUCAGGAAGCCUUUGAUAAAGCAAAGAAAGAAAACAAGCUGAUAUUUCUGUCAGUUGGCUAUUCCACCUGCCACUGGUGCCACGUGAUGGAGGAGGAAUCCUUCAAGAACAAGGAGAUCGGUGAGAUCAUGAGCAAGAACUUCGUGUGCAUAAAAGUGGAUCGUGAGGAGCGGCCAGAUGUGGACAAAGUGUACAUGACCUUUGUGCAGGCAACCAGCGGUGGAGGCGGGUGGCCGAUGAGCGUGUGGCUGACUCCAGACCUCAAGCCCUUUGCCGGGGGGACGUACUUCCCGCCGGACGAUCGCGUUUACCGCGUUGGCUUUCGGACUUUGCUGCUCCGAAUCGCUGAGCAGUGGAAUCAGAACAAAGAUGCUCUGUUAGAGAACAGUCAGAAGAUCAUGGAAGCACUUCAGAUCCAGGCUCGGAUCCGUGGCCAGGCCCAGGAGUCACCUCCACCAUCCGAAGAGGUGAUGGCCUUGUGUUUCCAGCAGCUCUCCAAGUCCUAUGAUGAAGAGUAUGGUGGCUUCUCGGAGUUCCCAAAAUUUCCCACCCCAGUGAAUUUGAAUUUCCUCUUCACGUACUGGGCCCUGCACCGAAGCACCCCGGAAGGGGCCCGGGCGCUGCAGAUGGCCCUGCACACCCUCAGGAUGAUGGCCUGCGGGGGCAUUCACGACCACAUCGGGCAGGGGUUUCACCGCUACUCCACGGACCAGCAGUGGCACGUCCCUCACUUUGAGAAGAUGCUGUAUGACCAGGGACAGCUGGUGACUGCCUACACCAGGGCGUUUCAGAUCUCUGGUGAUGAAUUCUUUGCUGAUGUUGCUGGGGAUAUUCUGCUGUACGUCUCCCGGGACCUAAGUGACCAGGCCGGAGGUUUCUACAGCGCAGAGGAUGCCGACUCCUACCCGACCGCCGCGUCCGCAGAGAAGCGGGAAGGGGCGUUCUGUGUGUGGACGGCCGAGGAAAUCCGGGCCCUCCUUCCUGACCCUGUUGAGGGGGCUGCAGAAGGGACAACCCUGGGAGAUGUCUUCAUGCACCACUACGGGGUGAAGGAGGACGGCAACGUGAGCCCCGAGAAGGACCCCCACGGGGAGCUGCGGGGCAAGAACGUGCUGAUGUCCCGCUCGUCCCCGGAGCGGACAGCGGCGCGGUUCGGGCUGCCGCGGGGCCGGCUCGGCGCCCUGCUGCACCGGGGCCGCCAGUCCCUUGCACCGCGGCCUCUUCCUGAGCCCGUCCCUGUGGCCUGUGCAGGGCUGAUGAUCUCGGGCUUUGCCCAGGCUGGGGCAGUCCUGGCCAAGGAGGAGUACGUGCGUCGGGCCGCGCGGGCCGCUGCCUUCCUGCAGAGACACCUCUUCGAUGCUGCCAGCGGGAGGCUGCUGCGGAGCUGCUACCGGGGCGAAGACAACGCCGUGGAGCAGGGCGCCGUGCCCAUCCAAGGGUUCCUGGAGGAUUACGUCUUUGUCAUCCAGGCUCUCUUUGACCUGUACGAGGCCUCGCUGGACCAGGGCUGGUUGGAGUGGGCCUUGCAGCUCCAGCACACACAGGACAAGCUCUUUUGGGACCCCAAAGGCUUUGCGUAUUUCUUCAGCGAGGCUGGCGAUCCCUCUCUGCUCCUCCGCUUGAAGGACGACCAGGACGGAGCAGAGCCCAGCGCCAACUCCGUCACCGUCAUGAACCUGCUCCGAGCAGCCUGUUACUCCGGCCACAUGGAGUGGGUGGAAAAAGCCGGGCAGAUCUUGGCCGCCUUCUCGGAGAGGUUGCUCAAGAUCCCGAUAGCCCUGCCCGAGAUGGCCCGUGCUAGCGCUGCCUUCCAUCACACCCUCAAGCAGGUUGUCAUCUGUGGAGACCCACAAGGGGAAGACACCAAAGAUCUGCUUCGCUGUGUCCACUCCGUCUUCUGCCCAAACAAGGUAGAGGUGCCAGCCCUCGCCCUGGCCAGCUCGGGCUCGGGGGAGACCGCUGACAACUUCGGGGGCUCUGAGCAGAGCAGGUCGCACAGCGGUUCCUCCCUCCUGUGCGUGAUCCUGGCCGUUGGGAGGGCUAUAUUUGGGAUAAAUAUUCCGGGCCCUAGCCACGACCUGGCAGCAGGAAAAAAAACCUGUGUCAUGCGGAUUGCCAGCUCCCAGUGA